GACAUUUCCUCCUGCUAAGACCUUCUCCAAUUCCUCUGAAGCUUAGUCAGUCCCUCUGGUACUCGCACCCACCCACCAGCAGCCCCACAUUUGCGGCUUCCUGUUACGGGAAUGAUGCCUUUUCCCCAAAAAGACAGGACCAAGUCUGUGCUCCAAAGCAUGUCUCCGUGUCCUAGCACACAACCUAGCGCAUGAGACAUCAAGUACACAUUCAUCGAUGAGUCUUCUCUGCCAUCCCAAUGUAUUAAAUGUUUGCCUUUCUUAGGAGCUACUUUGCUAAGCGUCCUCUAUUUUUUUUUUUUUAAUAUAGUGGUCACAUCAUUUUAUCAUCAUACAGCCUAGAUCCAGCCUCUAAGAUGAGCGAUAUCAAAAGGCUCAAGGCUUACACACCACAUGUUGAAAUGGCAGACGAUCAAAACUCUAUCGAUCAGAACUCUGUCGGGGAGCAGGGAGCUGGGGAGUCAGCAAGCGAAGAUGCAAUUGAUGCGAAGCCAGACCGGUCCUCCUUUGUCUCCUCAUUCCUGAAGUCUUUCCGUCACAGAUUCUGCAGCUUCCUUGGCCGCCCCCUUCAUGCUGAUAGUAAGAGCGAGGGGCCAUUCAUGUCCUGGCUUCUUCUACAGCCCCUGACUGGCUUUCUGUUUCCCAGUAAGAAGAAGAAAGAUGACUCUGGGAAAUCCAUCAAGGCCACCCGGGACCAAGAGCCUACAUAUCGGUAUAACAUGAACUUCGAGAAAGUGGGCAAAUGCAUCAUCAUAAACAACAAGAACUUCGACGAAUCGACAGGUAUGUCCGUCCGGAGCGGAACGGACAGAGAUGCCGAGUCCCUUUUCAAGACCUUCCGAAACCUGGGUUUCGACGUGGUGGUGUAUAACAACCGCUCUUGUGCCGAGAUGCACAAUUUGCUGAAAGAAGCCUCUGAGGAGGACCACAAAAAUGCGGCCUGCUUCGCCUGCGUCUUGUUGAGCCACGGAGAAGAAAACUCGAUUUACGGAACCGACGGCAAGAUGGACAUCAAGGACUUGACAGGCCAUUUUCGGGGGGAUAGAUGCAGAAGCCUUUUGGAGAAACCCAAACUCUUCUUCAUCCAGGCGUGCCGGGGGACAGAGCUCGAUGACGGGAUCCAGGCCGACUCGGGGCCUAUCAGUGACACAGAUGCCAGCCCCCGACAGAAGAUCCCCGUGGAGGCCGACUUUCUCUUCGCCUAUUCCACAGUGUCAGGCUAUUACUCGUGGAGGAACCCGGGAUGCGGCUCCUGGUUUGUGCAGGCCCUCUGCGCCACCCUGAACGAGUACGGGAAAAGCCUGGACCUCUUGCAGAUCCUCACCAGGGUGAACUACAGGGUGGCCAGGCACUUCGAGUCUCGGUCCAACGACCCUCAGUUCCACGAGAAGAAGCAGAUCCCGUGUGUGGUCUCCAUGCUCACCAAGGACCUCUACUUCUCUAAGUAGCCUUGCCCACGCGUGCCAUGUAGAUGGAAAGCAAUCGAUCCUUUAUUGAUGAAUCAGAUCUUUUUCUUUUUUUUUUUUUUAAUGCUCUUGAGAUUUCCAUAAAUUCUAAAGGAUUUUUAUUUCUGGAAAAUUUCUUGGCUCGAGGGGAAAGGGACUUGCUGGUGCUAUCUUACGUUCUCUGAACGUUCACAAUGUUAUCUACGCGAUGACUUUGUCAUUUCCUCUUAAGAUUCUGGUUUUUUAUUAUUAUUAUUAUUUUUUGGUUUGUACUUUUCCUCUGGUUGUCCACGUAGCACAUACAACAACAAUUACCUCUGCAGAUGACUCUUGGCUGUGUCCACUGUGGUUGGGGGUGCCUUUGAUGAACAAUUAGAGUCAUGUUGGUACCUGUCAAAGAGAGAGUCCCAGUGCUUGACAAAGCACAGCCAAGGGGGUGGUCUCCCUGAUAUUGCAGAAGCGGGAGAUAGAGUGUGCUUUGAGUGAUUUUUGUUUUUUUUAAUGGCUUAGGGCAGAUUCUCAUGCAGAAAUUUAAAUUCCCAUAUAAGUUACAAAGGAAAAUAAUUUAAAGAUUCUGUUGUGUAUCAGUCGGGGUGCAGUCAGGAAAACAAACCGUUCUAGGUGUUCCAACAGAAGAAAUUUAAUAGAGGAAAUGAACGUACACAGACGACAAAAGAGGAGCCCAAUAAGAAAGAGGGAGCUGUUACCACCUAGCGCUGUGAGGCAGUGUGGUUCCCUGAGUCCAGAAGCUGGGGUCUCCCCAGGAGCUGGAGGGCUGCCUGGUGGGCGCUAGCACCCCCAAGGGGAGGAGUUAUGGAAAACGGAGCCAUGGCAGGGGCAAGCCCACUGCCUGAGAUGGGGCAACACCAGAUGAGUCAGACAUGGAGAAGUACCCUGGCUUCACCUCAUUCUGUCUUCCGAGUCUUCUCCGGCACUUACCCUUCCAGACCCACCUGGAAGCCAGUUGACAAGGGCGCUGGGAAGUGUAUUUCCCUGUAAUACAGCAGAGGAAGGGGUAGUGAAUGGGGCGGGGGAGGAACAAGGAGUGGAUGUAAGCUGCCCAUAAUGUGAAUAGAAAUAAUUGUAUUCCCUGAUGUUUAGCAAUUCCUCCAUUCAGUCCUUUAUUCAUUCAGCUGUCAGAUAAUCUACGUAUUGCCCACUAUGUGCAAACCAGUCUGUUUUAGCUUUAAUAGAUACCUGAAACUUUUUAGAUGAUUCCAAGCCUUAUUCUGAGUACAUUUUUUGGUAAGUGGGGGACAAUUGAUGGCAAAGAUUUUUUGCACUUUGUUUUCAAGGUGGUGGUUUCUUUUGAACUUUUGACAAAUAAUAAUGGGUUUAAUGUUCCUAUUUAUUGAUUAAAAUGUGGUGGAUUAAUGUCUAA